CAUAGGUGCGCCGGAGCGCUGGAAAGGCCGUGCCGCGGGCGGAAAUGUUCUCGGCGGAAGUGGUCGCUGCGCAAGUCGUGGGUGGAAUGACUGCGGGCCGGCUCCUCCGAAGGCUGUUGCGGACACCUUCCAGGUCCAUGGCACAGAGCGCAGUCGGUGGCGUGUGCCCCUCCAGGGGCUUGCACGCGGAGCUCGGGCCUCGAAGUCUCUCCAUCGAAGGAAACAUUGCUGUGGGAAAGUCCACCUUUGUGAAGUUACUCACGAAAACUUACCCAGAGUGGCACAUAGCUACAGAACCUGUAGCAACAUGGCAGAAAGUCCAGGCUCCUGGCACCCAAAAAGCCUUCACUGCCCAAAGUCUUGGAAACUUGCUAGAUAUGAUGUACCAGGAACCAGCACGAUGGUCCUACACAUUCCAGACAUUUUCUUUUAUGAGCCGCCUGAAAGUACAGCUGGAGCCCUUCCCUGAGAAACUGUUACAGGCCAAGAAGGCGGUACAGAUCUUUGAGAGGUCCGUGUACAGUGACAGGUAUAUCUUUGCGAAGAAUCUUUUUGAAAAUGGUUCCAUCAGUGACAUCGAAUGGCAUAUCUAUCAAGACUGGCAUUCUUUUCUCCUGCAGAAGUUUGCCAGCCAGCUCAGAUUACAUGGGUUCAUCUACCUCCAAGCUACUCCCCAGGUUUGUUUGAAGAGACUACACCAGAGGGCCAGGGAAGAGGAGAAAGGAGUUGAGCUGACGUAUCUCGAGCAGCUUCACGAUCAACACGAAGCCUGGCUUGUUCACAAGACAACUGAGCUCCACUUUGAGGCUCUGCUGAACAUUCCAGUGCUGGUAUUGGAUGUCAAUGAUGAUUUUUCUGAAGAAGUAACCAAACAAGAAGAACUCAUGAAAAAGGUAAACAUCUUUGUAAAGAAUCUGUAACUGGUACUAGGAUGUUCUGGCCAUGAUCUGGGCUAACUUUCUAAAGCUGGAAAAAUCCUGAGUCAUGCACCUUGCUAUCUCCUUUUACCCCUAGAGUCCUCUGACUCUCAUGUCUAUGGUUGGUAUUAGUCUUCGACUUUGCAAUUAUUGUCUUUUAUAUCUCAAGGACUUAUACAAUAAAGUGGAAGUUUUGCUUCUUUUGCUAA